AUGUGUUACUUGGCCGCCGCCGCCGCGUUCCUGCUCCUGGCGCUCAGCCCCUCCGCCCUGGCAGAGCCGGUGCGCUUCAAGGACUGCGGUUCCGGGGUUGGAGUUAUAAAGGAAGUGAAUGUGAUCCCAUGCCCCGUUCAGCCCUGCCAUCUGCAGAAAGGACAUUCUUAUGCGGUCAAUGUCACCUUCACCAGUAGUACUCAGUCUCAAGGGAGCAAAGCCGUGGUACAUGGCAUCGUGAUGGGCGUCCCCAUUGCCUUUGCCAUUCCUGAGCCUGACGGUUGUAAGAGUGGAGUCACCUGCCCCAUCGAAAAAAACAAGACUUACAACUACAUGGCCAAACUGCCAGUGAAGAGUGCGUACCCCUCAAUAAAACUGGUGGUGAAGUGGGAACUUCGGGAUGACAAAGACGAGAGUCUCUUCUGCUGGGAAAUCCCAGUACAGCUUGAAAACUAG